AUGGUAGAAUUGGACUUAAUUGGACUUGUGGGGUCAAUUUCAUUUUCAAAUACCCAAAUCAAAACCCUAAAUUCUCAAUCUCCAAACCCUAAAAUGACCUCACAACUUGUUGUACACAAUAUUUCUCAUUCUGAACCUUCCACCACCGAGUCACAACCCAAAGCCCAACUCGCCGCCGCAAAACCACCUUCCGCCGUCACACGCUCAACCAAGGACCGCCACACCAAAGUCAACGGACGCGGCCGCCGCGUCCGCAUGCCGCCGCUCUGCGCCGCCCGCAUUUUCCAGCUCACGCGCGAGCUCGGCCACCGAUCCGACGGUGAAACCAUCGAGUGGCUUCUCCGCCACGCUGAGCCCUCCAUCAUCGCUGCCACCGGCUCCGGCACCAUCCCAUCCGCUCCCGUAUCCACCUUCGCCUCCUCCCUUUCCUCCUCGGCGCCCUCCGUCGCCUGCCGCGUCAAUCCUGUGACGGCGGUGGACGGCGAAGGACAGGGGAUGUUCGCGGUGGCUCCGCCGCAGCCGAGUUGCCGGCUUGACCUCUGCCAGCCGCAGGGAAUGGAGUUCGCGGCGGCUAACGGGUACCGUCAUAUGCCGUUCACGGCGCUGUUGUUGCAGCCGACGACGGCGGAGGAUAAUCAACAAGAAGAGACUCUCAGCGAACAAUGAUAGCGGUUUGAAUGUUAAUGCAUGUUCGUAGGGUAGCAUUGAAGGGUUUUUUCAUUUAAUUUUAGGGUUAGUUUUAGAGUUGUGUGGAAUCAAUGUGGAAGUGUUGGGUUACAACUACAAGUGACUCGGUUCUUUGAUGGGGUGAAAGAGAUUUAUGUAAAUUAUUAUAAACCGUAUGAAUAUGAAUAUAAUUUGUACCUGUUUUAGGUUUGGCAUUUCAAUGUGUACAAAAAUAGGAUUUGGAUUUGGACCCACCGUUGACCAAUCAAUUGAAUUCAACGAUGAUUGGGAGUAGAAGAAGAAGAUGGACGACAGGUUUUUCUACAUCGUGUGAAAACAAGAAUGGAUGAUUUUGCUCUAAAGUUCUAUGUUGAUUGUUGAAAUGUGUAAUCAUGUUCCCUUUUGGCAGAUUUGAUUCAAUGUUUCUCAGUUUUGUUGUGAUUCUGUGAUUACAUUAAAUCAAUUUGGUUAUUCAAAUUUGGCUAAAAAGAAAUCUACUUCUUAUCGAAGUACAUAUUUUAUUAAUUAUUUUUUUUACACAUAAUAUUGAAAUUACCUGGCUUUAUAUUACGUUCAUUAAGUUAUUUUUAUAUAAAAUAGUUUAAACUGUUAUAGGAAUAAAAGGAAAAAUAUCCAUAUUACUUGUACAAAUCCGUGGAUUGUUAAAUUUUAGGAUAUUGAACGACGCUGUGCAAAUUUUACCGCACGUUAACAAAUAUGAGUGCUUCAAGCUGAAUAAUGUCGAUGAUUUUCAGAUCAAAUGUGGGUACAGGUUAUCAGUAACAGGCAAUUACUGAUAUGGAUAGACGAACCAGCUUGAAAUUUAACGUUGUUCUGCAUGGCAAUGUAUAACAAGAGCUAUGAUUUUCCGUUGACAAAUAUUGUAAACAUUUUCCUUUGAAAAAACCACAGUAAAUGUGUUUCAAAAACUGAAGAACUCCAUUAGAAUGAAUAUUCUUCACAUUAGCGAAUAGCAAAACGGGCUCAACGUGUCUUCUUAGUUCGUACAAUUCAAAAGAGGAAGAGAAUAUAACUAGCGAAGUCGAUAAAUUUUUGGGUGCUCGUCACUCGU